AUGUCGUCCUCCGCGCUAGACCAGAUAAUGAUCGAGGACAUUGCUCGCUACUGUCCACAGCAGUUUUUGGCCUUCCACCAAUGUAUGAGCAAACCGCCCUCGGAGUCCGAUUGCGCAGUUGAGCAGGUGAAUUUGAGCCGCUGCAUCAAGGGCUCUGUGCCGGUUUUCCAGAAAAUACACGGCGUGUGUGCGGGCAAGCUUCAGGCUUACGAACUGUGUCUUCGUAUGAACGGGUCUGCUCAAAAGAUGUGCCAGCAGGAUUUGUCGGAAUUGAGAGACUGUGCGUUGGGGGCCGUCACCAGCUAG